GAACCUCACUUUUUACAACAUCAGAACAAAUCGAACAUGGGCUGCUUUUUCUUUUUUCUUUUCAUCAUUUCCAGUGUUGCCAGUCAGGAUUUCAGGAAUUUUAGUGUUAAAACUGGAGGAUCUGUCACCAUCCCGUGUCGUUAUGACAGGAAAUAUAUACAACAUAAGAAAUACUGGUGCUCUGGUAGAACAUUCAAUUACUGCAAUAUUGAGGCGUAUGCAAAUGAAACACAGGGGAAAGUGACAGUGACUGAUCACCCAGCUGAGAGUCUCUUUACUGUGACUUUGAAUAAUCUCCAGACAGGAAACACUGGAUGGUACUGGUGUGCUGUAGAGAUACCUAGAGGGUCAGAUGUUAAAGAAUACCUUUAUAUCACAGUGAAAUCAGAUCCUGAUCUGUCUGUGAUGAAGAGCAGUGUGAGUGCUGAGGAAGGAGGCAGCGUCACAGUCCAGUGUCUCUACAGCGCUGCGUAUCAGAAGAAACAGAAGCAGUGGUGCAGAUUCAAAGACCGGCAGUGCAUCACAUUGGGGAAAACUGGGAAACCCGAGACAUCAACAGUGCAACUCAGUGAUGAUGAGAUAAGAAACUUCAGUGUGCAGAUGAAUGGACUGAAGAAGAGUGACGCUGGCUGGUACUGGUGCAGAGCAGGAGAUCUACAGGUUCCUGUUCACAUCAGUGUCACUGAUCCACCACCAGGUGUUGCCAGUCAGGAUUUCAGGCAUUUUAGUGUUGAAACUGGAGGAUCUGUCACCAUCCCAUGUCGUUAUGACAGGAAAUAUAUGCAACAUAAGAAAUACUGGUGCUCUGGUAGAACAUUCGAUUUCUGCACUAUUGAGGCGUAUGCAAAUGAAACACAGGGGAAAGUGACAGUGACUGAUCACCCAGCUGAGAGUCUCUUUACUGUGACUUUGAAUAAUCUCCAGACAGAAAACACUGGAUGGUACUGGUGUGCUGUAGAGAUAUCUGGAUGGUCAGAUGUUAAAGAAUACCUUUAUAUCACAGUGAAAUCAGAUCCUGAUCUGUCUGUGAUGGAGAGCAGAGUGAGUGCUGAGGAAGAAGGCAGCGUCACAGUCCACUGUCUCUACAGCGCUGCGUAUCAGAAGAAACAGAAGCAGUGGUGCAGAUUCAAAGACAGGAGCUGCUACAACAUGGGGACGACUCCCACAUCCCAGAAUUCAGCAGUGCAGAUCAGGGAUGGUGGGAAACGAUCCUUCAGUGUGCAGAUGAGUGGACUGAAUAAGUGUGAUGUUGGCUGGUACUGGUGCAGAGCAGGAGAUCUACAGGUUCCUGUUCACAUCAAUGUCACUGAUCCAUCACCAGUUUUGACUGCAAAAGUGAUGGCAGCCAGUCAUCAGGCCACUACUCAUGAAGGAGGAAGAUCUUUCUCACAGGACAGUCCAGCAGUGUCAAGCUGUGAGGAAACCACCCAGGGCACUUCUGUAUUGCAAACAACUGAAGGCUGUGAUCCUGAGAAUUUAAAAAGCUGGCACGUCUCUUGGAGAAACAUGAGCUUUUACUUACUAGAUGUUUCUGUAACUCUCUUUGUGUUCUUCCUCUGUAUAUCAGAUGUCGAAAGCAUGAGGACACUGAAAAAUGUAGCUGCAAAACAUGGAGGAUCUGUCACUAUUCCGUGUCUUUAUGAUGAGCAAUACAAAGCAAACCCAAAAUUCUGGUGCAAAGGGUACUAUUGGUCUUCCUGCAAAAUAGUAGCCUAUGCAAACUCAAAAGAAGGUUCAUCAGUCACUGAUUAUCCAGCACAGAAUAUGAUGACUGUAGAUCUAAACCCUGACUCUGAUUCUGGAUCGCAUUGGUGCGCUGCAGAAAUUGGAAAUCAGUGGAAACCAGAUGACCGUGAUUAUUUUUACCUGACGGUUAGUAAAGAUCCUGAUCUGUCUGUGAUGGAGAGCAGAGUGAGAGGAAAGGAAGGAGGCAGCAUCACAGUCCAGUGUGUCUACAGCGCUGCGUAUCAGAAGAAACAGAAGCAGUGGUGCAAAUUCAAAGAUGGGUCAUGCCAAACAGUGAGUAGGACUGACACGUCCCAGAAUUCAGCAGUGCACAUCAGUGAUGAUGGGAAAAAGUUCUUCACUGUGAAGAUGAGUAAACUGAAGAAGAGUGAUGCUGGCUGGUACUGGUGCAGUGCAGAAGAUCUGCAGGUUCCUGUUCAUAUCAGUGUUGGUGAUGAAGCUCCAGGUCUGCCUCAAAACCAAAGGAUAGAUUCAGGAUCAGAUAUUUAUGACACGAUCCUGGCUCUUUGCAUCAUCUCCGGGCUCUUGUUGGUGCUCGUGGUGGUUGGUUUGGUCAUCUGGAAACUUAAGCAGAAACACAUUGGACUGUUAGUCACAAAUAAAGGACAUAGCAAUACUCUGCAUCCCAAAGCAUGUGAAGAUGCAGUGACACAUAGGAUUAUGGCACAUGGACAAUGCAAGGCCUCAUCAGCUUCUGAGCCGGACGUCACCUACAGCACAGUCAGAAUCUCUCACCAUCCAUCAUAUGAUUUUCAGGUCUCUUCAGAUGCCCCAAAUGACAAGGUCAUCUACAGCUCAAUAAAACAUUCCUAAUGAAAGGCUACCGAAAUAACAUCAGCACUGGAAAGACUUCGCAAGCAGUGGUGGUAGUACACACCAUUUUUGUGUCACUCCAUCCAGAAUCUGGAAUCGUUUACUAUGGGCAGAUUUGUCUUUUCUGUUGAUUCUUUUGCAAUCAUAAACUUCUCUGGUUGUGUCAGUCGGAGCAUGUCUCACUGUUGGAGGAAAUUAUUGCUUUGUCUGCUUUUUUUUUUUGAAGUAGACAGGAGAACUCUGAUGCGUAGAAUUUACAGAAGUGUGUGUGUGUCUUUUAACAAUGAUUUCUGUAAUAUAUCUACUGUCAAGGUAUAUCCAGGAACUAAGCUUUAUAAUACCAUCAUUAAUUUCUUAACACAGUUUUUGUGUGUGUGUUCAAAAUGCUCAAUGCAGGAUAGAAUCAGAUAGAAUGAUUCAUUUUCUGUAAUGCUAGCCUCUGCUAUUAUGCCAAAAAAUUAUAUUCACUAGUUUCCCGAGGGGAAAACCAGUGAAUAUAAUUAUUUGUCACCACAGGAUAAGUGGCUACAGAUAAUGGAUGGAUGGAUGGUUUUCCUAUGGAAGAGGAUUAGGGCCACUGUGAGGAAAAAAAGUGAGUUCUGACUUUUCUCAGAAUUCUGACUUUUAAACUUUUCUCAGAAUUCUUACUUUAAUCUCAGAAUUCUGACUUUUUUUCUCAGAAUUCUGAGAUUAAAGUCAGAAUUCUGAGAAAAAAGGCAGAAUUCUGAGUUUAAAGUCAGAAUUCUGUGAAAAAAGGCAGAAUUCUGAGUUUAAAGUCAGAAUUCUGUGAAAAAAGGCAGAAUUCUGAGUUAAGUCAGAAUUCUGAGAAAGUCAGAACUCACUUUUUUUUUCUCACAGUGGCCCUAAUCCUCUUCUGUAUUUUCCCCUCACCAUGAAUGUGUGAAUAUUGUUUUUUUAAUUAAAUAUGCAAACUGUGAAAAAUUAAAUGUGAUAUCAAAUCAGUAAACAAAUUCGAGGUUUUUUUUUUUUACUUUUAAACAAGUAUAAAUGAGUACUGUAUAUAUACACACUAGUAUUUGAUUUAGAUCACUUAACAGAUAUAUUUGCUUGUUAAAUCUUUAGCAUUGACGAUACGGUUCGCUGUUUGAGGACGUAAAUAUACAUCACUGAUUACACUUCGCUUGGAGAUUUGUUGUUCACAAAAGAUGAACAUGGAGAAGUACAUGUGUUCGAGAAGCUUUGUAUCUCAAACACACAGAGUUCAAAAACGACAUAGUUCCUACUUCAGCAGCAAACGUCAUUCACCAAACAUGUCUUUAUUAAUAAAAUACAUUCGGGAUAUUUGGAAAAAUGAGAAAAAAUAUUUGUUGAUAGGUUUUGCUUUUGUUUUAAGGAUCGUCUUCCUGUGUUGUUCAGUAUACUCUUCCAAACUCUACAGAGCUGUUUUUUUUCUUAAAUAGGCAGGCAGUCUGGUAUUUUCCACAGGCUUACAGUAUUUUACAGACCCUCCAGGAUUUCGCCAUGUUGCGAUUGGCAACUUCAACCAAUCCCUGCGAAUUCAGGGCGGUGUUGCAAUUAUAUCCAAUCACCGCAACUUUCCCGCAAAUUUGACCAAUCGUUGGCGUCGUCUUGAGGUGACGUCGACAAACUACCUUCCACCUUCCAGUGUUGCCAGAUUGGGCGGUUUCAAGUGCAUUUUGGCGGGUUUUGAACAUAUUUUGGGCUGGAAAACGUCAGCAGUAUCUGGCAACAUUGCUUACUUCCGUGUUUCCGUUCAAGAGAAGCAGCAUGUGCGAGUCAGUGUUAGCCUGGCUAGCGCGACUUCAAAGCUCUCCGAGCAUUUGGUCUGGCCAAGGUAUUAAGCCAAACCGUUUCCCAGAGCCUGUGGUUGACCCGCCUCCCUGAAAUGCCUCAGUUUGCUACUGGUCGAAGCCAGAAAAGGCUGUGACGAAGCUUAAACCAGUCACAUCACUCUUUCCUCUGACGUAUGUGACGCGACGGGGCUAACUGGUAGAUUAAACUCUUACCGAAGCCGGUCAGGAGCAAGGCGAAAACGUCCUUCCUUUCAAUAAAUACCUCCAGGGCUGCUCUUUGCUCCAUUUUCAAUGAAAACUUCCCGUUGAAUGCUUUCAAUACAGCAUCUACCGCUGUGUUAAAGGCUUGCCGCUGCUCCAUAUUCGUGAUGUGAAUGAAGCGCUUCCGGCAUAGAUUCUGUAAACAAUCUAUGGCUUCCGGUCGCAGUUCUACUACGUCACUGCCUUGAACACGCCUCUACCCAGGGCUGUUGGAGAUGCUCAAAGUUGAUUGGUUCCCGAUUUUUCGGGAGCUUGGAAAUGCUGUAGAUAGCCUGCCUGGCCAGACUAAGCUCGGAACAGGCCCUCGUGUUGCAUCACCCUUAGGAUGGGCGGGCCCAGGUUAAGUCAGUGUUUCUGUAGGCUUAAAUUCUGUUACUGAACGUGUGUUACGUUUACAGUGAAGGACUGUGCAUACUUUACAUUAUUUUUUUACUUAAUGCAAGAAAUUAAUGGAUGCCAGCAUUUUUGCCAAAAUGGUAUUUUAUUUUCCAUUGUUUACCCUGGUGAAAAAUAAAUGUGCUAAGUGUACUAAAAUUUAGCAUACUUUUAUGUACUUGAAGCCACACUAAUCAUCAAUAUACUUCGUGUGUUUAUGAUUAGUUAACUUGAGGCAUGCUA